GUGAAGUGAGGAAUUGCGGUCCGGUGCGAGUCACGACGCUAGGCUGUAGCCGCGCUGUGGGGCUUUUACAAAGCGAUCAAGGACUACAAUUAGUGUUUAAAAAAAAUCGCACUGUUGGGCGUGUUAAAACAAGGCUGUCGAAAUGUCGUACAUGCUUCCUCAUCUGCACAAUGGCUGGCAGGUCGACCAGGCAAUCUUGUCUGAGGAAGACAGAGUUUUGGUAAUACGUUUUGGCCAUGACUGGGAUCCAACCUGUAUGAAGAUGGAUGAAGUUUUGUAUAGUAUUGCUGAAAAGGUUAAAAACUUUGCUGUCAUUUAUCUUGUGGAUAUCACAGAAGUUCCAGACUUCAACAAGAUGUAUGAGUUGUAUGACCCUUGUACAGUGAUGUUUUUCUUCAGGAACAAGCACAUCAUGAUUGAUUUGGGCACUGGAAACAACAACAAGAUAAACUGGACAAUGGAAGACAAGCAAGAAAUGAUUGAUAUUGUAGAAACAGUUUACAGGGGAGCGCGUAAAGGUAGAGGUCUGGUGGUAUCUCCAAAGGACUAUUCCACCAAGUACAGAUACUGAUGUUUGUACAAUGUUACAAGAAGUGUGGGAUUUUUUAUUUUUUUUGUAAAUCCUUUGUACAGUAGUAUAUUUCAUAAACCUGAGCAGUUCAAUUGCUACCUUCAGGCUGUGUUUUGUUUUAUUUCAGUCUUUUGAUCUGUUUGAUUCAUUAAAUAAAGGAAAAACCUAUGUCCUAUAAA